AUUUGGGCAUUCGUGCAAUUGGUUGUAUUGGAUUUCCCAUGUUGCAUUUGCAUUGCGUUUGUGUGUAACGGAGUAGCAGUGUUUGACUGCCUGUUCUGGGUCUUUGUCUGGGUCUGGCAUUUCCUGAUGAUGAUAUAUCAUUACCAAUCAAGUCUGUCUCUUAAAACUUGAUCAAAGACCAAAUUUUGCGUUGCUUUUUUCUUAAUCACUAGCAGUAGGAGGAGGAGGUGGGGUUUUGGGUUCAGAUAUAAUUUAGUUUUGAUUUCUGGGUUUUGGGUUUGAGGAUAUUUGAAAUGGGUUUCUGCCCCUGUUUUGGUUCGAGCGAAAGGAAGAAGAAGAAGCUGAGGAGCGAAACCAAGAAAUGCAGGCCUGAAAUGUCUCACCGUCCCCGUCUCCGAGAUAAUGUGAUUUACUCCAAUUCCAAGAAAGAUACAGUAGCAUCCACUCCACAAAAAGUACUUAGUCCUGGUCAAGGUACCAUCUUUUCCUAUAGGGAACUUGCAACUGCAACCAAUAAUUUUGGGAACGAUUCCUUGAUUGGGCAGGGUGGAUUUGGGGCAGUUUACAAAGGCCAAUUAGAAACCACUGGUCAGGUUGUAGCUGUUAAACAGCUAGAUAAGACUGGUCACCAAGGAGAGAAAGAGUUUCUGGUGGAGGUUCUUAUGCUUUCUCUUUUGCGUCACCCUAACCUUGUUAGUUUGAUUGGUUAUUGUGCUGAAGGAGAUCAGCGUCUUCUUGUCUAUGAGUACAUGCCUCUGGGUUCCGUUGAAUAUCUCCUCCAUGAUCUUACUCGUGAUCAAAAACCUUUGGACUGGAACACUAGAAUGAAGAUAGCUGCUGGUGCAGCUAAAGGACUGGAAUUUCUGCAUAAUGGGGCAGAUCCUCCUGUUAUAUACAGAGAUCUAAAAUCAGCCAACAUAUUAUUGGGUGAGGGCUUCCACCCAAAACUCUCUGAUUUUGGACUUGCAAAAUUUGGUCCAAGUGGAGAUAAAUCACAUGUUUCGACCAGAGUCAUGGGAACUUAUGGUUACUGUGCUCCAGAGUAUAUGCUUAGUGGAAAAUUAACAAUGAAGUCUGACAUCUAUAGUUUUGGGGUUUUUCUGUUGGAGCUGUUUACGGGGUGUAAAGCACUUGAUGACACCCGUGACCGUGACCAACGCUUCAUUGUUGAUUGGGUACGCCCUUUGUGGAAAGAUGGCAAGAACGUUCUGUCCCUUGCUGAUCCACUGCUUGAUGGCCAGUUUUCCAAAUCCACUUUUAAGAGAGCUAUAGAAGUUGCAAAGUUGUGCAUCCUAGAAAAUGCUAAUGCCCGCCCUUCCAUCAGGGAACUGGCAAAUGCUUUAGAAUUCUUGGCAUCCCAACCAUAUAACCCAAAUGUAGACAGAAGUGUCGGUGACAAGGAGCCUGUGAAUGAUGACUUGCCAAAGGUGAAUGUGGACAGACAACGGGCUGUUGCUGAGGCCAAAAUGUGGGGAGAAACUUGGAGGGAGAAAAGACGACAACAAGGUGCACAGAAUGAUGCUGAUGGAUUAAACAGGUAAUGCAUGGAUGACUCCUCCAUUCAUCUUAAAGGUGGGUGAAUAAAGUUCAAGGGUAGGCAAUAGUUUUGAAGAUACUCAGUUAAAUUGAUCUGGUGUGGUGAAGAAAAGAAAAGAAAACUGGGUUCUUAUUUAGAUCGUUGCAAUGUACAGACAUUGCCAAUUCAAAUGGAAUUGGUGUUUUUAGAUAAAUCUUGACUAUUGAGUGUUAUACUUGUUGUUAGAAUGAAACAGUUAAGUCUGUUUAUAUGUGGUAAAGUUUCCAGUUGUGUAGCUGUUGGGAAAUAGGGGGUGAUAAAUACAAGGUUGGGUGGUUGUAUGUUCUGUUGGUGGCUGAAUUGUUGGUAUCAGCAACGCAACUAUGGUAGGCAGAAAAUAGAUUUAUCAUUAUUUUACUGUUUCUGCUCUUAAAUGAAAUAAGUAUGUCAAAAAUUGACUAUACCAGGUUGUUGUGCUUGUACCGUCAACAAAACAGAUGUUAUUAA